AUGACCUGCUUUGUGUGCUUGGAUAUCAUUUCUGGUCCGGCGUAUAUUUGUGAAACAUGUCUCGAUUUUGUUUUGCACAAAUCAUGCGCUGAAUUGCCCCCUGAAAUACGAAGAGAUGCUUUUCACCCCCACCCUCUAAGAUUCACUGUGGGCAACUUGAUUGUGUGUGAUCAAUGUGCAAUACUGCAAGCAUGUUUAAUCAGUUACAGCUGUAUGUACUGUAUGUUCAACCUUGACUUUAAAUGCGCUAUGGCUAUUUCAAAUUAUUAUAAGCUGCCUACUCAUGAGGCCCUACAGAAAAGGAGGCAAAUUAAAACAACAAUUCACCAUUUCAGCCAUAAUCAUCAACUGACUCGUAGCAAGUUCUCUUGUUUGACGAAGGAAGAAAAAAAUGGUUUUCAGAGAUUAUGGGGGCAAGAAAAGUUCAAGUGCAAGGCAUGCAAACAAAAACUCCAUGAUACUCAAAUCUAUACCUGCAUUCCUUGUCGAUUUGUCAUUCAUGAAUCUUGUGUAAAUGAGAUGCCGAGACAAGUACUUCAAAGUCCAUUUCAUUCACAACAUAUUCUUUUCCCUCGACCGAUCCCUAAGGGUCCUUCUUAUACAUGCAGUGCUUGUAAGGAGGAAGUUAAAGGUAUCGGCUUCUACUGUAAUCAAUGUGAUGUUACCGUGCACGUUUCAUGUGCUAAGUACCAAACUCGGGCUAUAAAGCACGAUUGCCAUCCUCACCAACUUCUACAUUUGGGGAAGAGCAUUCUCAGUAAGAUAUCUUGUAAUGCUUGUCAUAAAGAUUGCGAUAAUUCCUUUUUCGGUUGCAUAAAGUGUGAUUUCUAUAUACAUGUUGAGUGCAUUCCACUACCGCCUAGGGUUGAACACCGUCGUCACUUGCAUCCACUUGUGCUUAAAAAUUCAUUUGUUGAAGAUGAUUCGGGAGAUUAUUAUUGUGAUAUGUGCGAGACAGAAAGGAAUCCGGAACAUCGUAUUUAUUUUUGUGAAGAAUGCACUUAUAUUGCACAUAUUGAUUGUGUCCAUCCCAAGGUUAAACCUGCAGAAGAAAUGUUUUUGGAUCAACGAACAAAAAAGAAUUCUGACAAAGCAGAGAUUAUUGACAAAAUGAUGGAAUUAGAAGAGAUAUUGGUGCACAAUGGAAAGGUUAGUUUCAAUCUCUAUAACACUUAG